AUGUUGACCAAGGCAGUGGUGUCCCUCCUCUUCCUCUUGAGCGUCUCCCGCUGCGGGACGUCGUGGCAGAGCUACGAUGCGAUAUACAACUUCGGCGACUCCAUCUCCGACACCGGCAAUCUCUGCACGGGCGGUUGCCCGUCGUGGCUCACCAUGGGCCAGCCGCCGUACGGAACCAGCUACUUCGGCCGCCCGACCGGACGCUGCUCCGACGGCCGCGUCGUCGUCGACUUCCUCGGUACAUUCAUCCAUUCGAUCUGUUUUGCGUGCCACCAUCUCACUCGAAGUAGAAGCAUCGGCAUGCCAGCUCAGUUCUUCGGUUUGCCACUGCUUCCGCCGUCCAAGAGGAACGGCACCGACUUCAGGAAAGGCGCAAACAUGGCCAUCAUCGGCGCCACCGCCAUGAACCUGGACUUCUUCCAGUCUCGCGGCCUGGGCAGCAGCAUCUGGAACAACGGGCCUCUGGACACGCAAAUCCAGUGGUUCCAGCAGCUCAUGCCUUCCAUCUGCGGCGGCGCCAGCGAUUGCAGGAGCCACCUGAGCAACUCCCUGUUCAUCUUGGGCGAGUUCGGGGGCAACGACUACAACGCGCCGAUCUUCGGCGGCAAGAGCCUCGACGAGGUGUACACCUACGUGCCACACAUCGUCAACAAGAUCACAAGCGGCGUAGAGACGCUGAUCGGGCUGGGCGCGGUGGACGUGGUGGUGCCGGGCGUGCUGCCGAUCGGGUGCUUCCCGCUGUACCUGACCCUGUACGGGAGCUCCAACCAGAGCGACUACGACGGGGACGGCUGCCUUGAGCGCUUCAACGACCUGUCCCGCUACCACAACCAGCUGCUCAAGCAGGGAAUUUGCAGCCUCCAGAGCAAGUACGCCGGCGUCAGGCUCAUGUACGGCGACUUCUACACUCAGGUCACCGAGAUGGUGCGUUCUCCCCGGAGCUUCGGACUGGAAUACGGCCUGACUGUUUGUUGUGGCGCGAGCGGCCAAGGGUCCUACAACUACAAUAACAAAGCGAGGUGUGGCAUGUCUGGCUCAAGCGCCUGCAAGGACCCUCAGAACGGCAAUAACUACUUGAACUGGGACGGCAUCGCCUACCGUUCCAUCGCGUACGGGUGGCUCACAGGGCCCUACUGUGUGCCCGCUAUUCUGCAUUGAGGAUUGAGCUAUCGAUGGCUACGCAUAUUGGUUGACAGUGAUGUAUACUGUAAUAAACCAAUAAUUCAAGGGGAUGCUGCCGAUCGAUAAUGUUUCUGAUGGAGAUGGAAGUUUGAUAUAUUUGCACAGUGCACAGUGCACUCCAGAU